GUAGCCAAAAGAACUCAGCACAAAAUCUAAUGCCCUCUCAGGAACACAUGCCACAUCAAAAGCCCAACUCAGCUAAACCACAGCAUACAAUACAAAUCCGUUUGGAGCAGCCAGUCAGCAUGUUUGCUGGACAGUGUAGUCGUGUAUUAUGGUGCAACAAGAGGGUUUGAAUGGUCACUAGGAUACAUGAAACUACACAUCCCAGCAUGACACUCUUCGGCCGCUUGUUUGUCCAAUGGUCGCUCGAUCCGCACGAUCGGUGACCAAUGGGAGAGUAAUCUUUUAAUUCUAACGGUUAAAUACCAUGAAAUCCUUUUUUAUCGCCAUUAUUUAUUUAAAUUAGUUUAGUAGUCACCGUGCGACCUUAUGAGAUCUUUUAGAUUUUGGACAGAACGUGGUUGACACGGAGAAGGAUUUCAAGUGUUUGUCAGCCUUCAGGUGGGUUGCAUUUUAUUACGUUUGUCUAUAUUAUCAAGUUGGCUAAUAAACAUGUCUGUGUUAGUGUAUGUAUUUGUCUGAAAGUAGACACGGCCAGGGCAUUUACCUGGCUGUAUUCACUCUUUCUAUUUAGGCUGCCGCAUUUGACCAUUGAGAGAUGAAUGAACGGGUGAACAAAAACAAUUGUAGGCUACAACAAGUUAUACAAAACCACCAUAGUGACAAGGCAAAAUUACCCUUUCCUCCCUCAGAGACAGCAUCUCGGCAUGCUACCGGCUGUGCGGAUCUGUUUGCCCUCCAUGGCAUUUCUCGGUUCGCUGUGUCACGGAUGCGGUAACAGAGGCGGUUUGUUUUAUCUGCCGGUACGUGGUAUGAGUUGGUCUCCGCGGCAGAUAAAUCAGUGUAACAACGAGGAAUCCUCCGACCCUCCUCCUCCUGAAGAAAGCCCUCGGGUCCUCAUCACAGGUGGAUUAGGGCAACUUGGUGUUGGACUGGCACAAAUGCUGAGGGAACAGUACGGGACGGAAAAUGUGAUCCUGUCGGACAUCAAGAAGCCCCCCCUGGAGGUGUUCAACAGUGGGCCAUUUGUCUACGCUGAUGUGUUGGAUUACAAGAACUUGAGGGAGUUGGUGGUGAACAACCGGAUCACAUGGCUGGUGCAUUACAGCGCUCUGCUCAGUGCUGUGGGGGAGGCCAACGUGGCCUUAGCACGCACCAUCAACAUCACAGGCCUUCAUAAUGUUCUGGACCUGGCGCUAGAGAACUGCUUGCGUCUCUUUGUCCCAAGCACCAUUGGAGCAUUUGGACCAUCGUCUCCCCGUGACCCUGCACCUGACCUGUGUGUCCAGAGGCCACGGACCAUCUAUGGAGUGUCCAAAGUUCAUGGAGAGUUGAUGGGGGAGUACCUCCAUCACAAGUAUGGAUUGGAUUUCCGUUGCUUACGCUACCCUGGUGUCAUCUCAGCUAACACCAAGCCUGGAGGAGGAACAACAGACUACGCUGUCCAGAUUUUUCAUGAUGCCCUCAGCACAGGCCAUUACGAGUGUUACCUGCGACCGGACACGCGUCUUCCCAUGAUGCACAUUGCUGACUGCCACCGUGCCACAGUGGAGUUUAUGCAGGCCCCUGAAUGUCAGCUGUCCUUGCGCACCUACAACAUUGCUGCCAUGAGCUUCACCCCAGAGGAAGUAGCUGAAGAAAUACGCAAGCACCUACCCCACCUGAAAGUCACCUACAACCCUGACUCAGUCCGCCAGACUAUUGCGGACAGCUGGCCUGUGCGAUUUGACGACUCCAAUGCACGAAGAGACUGGGGUUGGCGGCCGGCUUACGGGCUUCCGGAACUCGUUACAGACAUGAUCUGCUCUAUCCGUGACAAGAGGACCAAUGCUGGGCUUCCAGUCAGCUAGCAGGCGCAGUCAACAGAGACUUCACUUCCCAACAACUCCCUUUAAGUCACACUUCCAGUAGAGUGCAAGGAGGGGCACACUCAAACACACAAACCACUCCAAACCUCCUUUUAUUUAAUGAGGACUCCUAUACUCACAUCAGGACUCCCAUCACACCAGGGAUAUUCCAGCCACGGGGAACCAUUCAUGAACACCUAACCUUCAAGCUAAACCCCCUGAAGUGACCAAAACAGUGAACACACACAGACACAGAAACUCACACACAAGCUCACACAUGCAUGCAUACAUACACGCAUUCAUGCAAACACACCCAAACACACAAUCACAUUCACAUUCACACAGACAAUGCUCAUACAUGCUCUAACCAGCAGCCUUACUCUUUUUCAGGGAACUAUACUGUCAACCAUACUGUUGUGACUAUUGCAUUCAUGUUGUUUUAAUUGUGAUAGGGAGAAGAUAAAUAAAACACAUCAUCAGGUUUUCUGCCUUAAUUAUCUUACACAGCGUCAUAGCCUUCCUCACAGCUGGAAAUGAGAUCCAGGAGAGAACAGCACAAUGAUGACAUGCUGAAAAGCAACACUGCAGAAUAAGACAUUACGGAUGGAUCAAUAGAGGGAAACUGAAACACUGUGCUGGUAGAGGGAAUGGAGGACACCCAAUGUUAUAUAAGGGCAUGCUGUUGGAAGGAUAUAACCGCAUCUAAAAUACUGUAUCUUUAUCUUUCUUUUCCAACAGGUGUGAUUUUUAGCCCAGAUGCGUAUUGUGUUGAUAUUGCCUAAAUGAAACAAGCCUUUCAAACCUCACUCACAGGCCAAUUGACAACAUUGCAGUGUACAUUAUUCAUGGAAAAAUGAAUAAAUAUGUUCAUUUAUUAAAUAGCCUAUUUUUGUCAAAUACCCAUUAAUGCCUACAGAGGUAAAUAUUGUGUGUUGGGAUUUUGUGGUAUAUAUCUGAGGUGUAAGAUUUAUUUGCAGCUCCACAAUUGUACUCGGUAGCAAACUAUUGUCAACAGACUUUUUUCACUUUAAGCAUUUUUCUAAAUAUUGGCUACUGUCGAUGGAUAUGGUCUCAAACUGGAUCACUCAUGUGACUUCGGCCUAUAUCUUACCAUAUUGCUGCUUGACUUCAUUAUUAUUCUCUUCACUACAACAUGAAAACC